AUGGGAUUGAAGUUUUCGGAAUUCUUUGAGAGUUCCAUGUAUGAGUCUUCAGACACUCAAAUUAUGGUCUGCAAAAAAUGCUCCUCGCAUUUAUGUUUGUCAGUCUUAAUAGUAUCAGAUCAGUUUAGCGGUGCAAGUGGAAGUGCCUAUUUGGUGGACAAUUUAAUUAAUUAUGAUGCUGAUCCAACAGUGGAGGAAACAAAGAUGAAGACGGGGGUUUAUUUAAUAAACAAAGUUCGUUGUCACCAAUGUAAGGUUCAAGUGGGGUGGACUUAUAAGAAGUCAUUUUCUUACGAAGAGUCUUAUAAGGAGGGAAAGUUUGUGAUCGAAAAAUAUUAUAUAAAGUUCAUUCCUAAUAAUUCUUCGACAGAUGUCUUACUUGAGCAAGCUAAGAAGUUAUACAAUAGGAGACACCUGUCGAGUGCAAAUUCAACGGCUUCAGCAAGCUCGUCCAUUAGUUCUGUAUCGACCAACUCUCCCCCUCUUGGUCACUUCAAGUUCAUAGGCAACAGAGGACUUGAUGAAAAGUCUAAACUUCCUAUAAGGAGACCAAAUUCAAUUGAUUUCAGAGAUAUACAUAACGGUUCUUUUUUAAGUACCUUAAGAUUUCAGGGUAUCGAUAAGGAUGAGUUUGAUGAUGAUAAGGAAGAUGUUAUUGUUGAUGUUUGA